AUGCUGUCUUCUUGUGGAUUCCGGUCAACACGGGCGGCGUCCCGCUCCUUCCGCCUCGUCAAUGGCUCCCACUCGCGCUGCUACGCCAUUGCUGCACACGACGUCUCAAAUCCCAAGCUGACCACCAUCGACAACUCCAAGUUGACCAUCACCAAGACGACGACGCCAAAGGAAUUGAUCCCCAACGAUGAGCUGGUCUUCGGAAAGCACUUCACUGACCACAUGUUGUCUCUCGAGUGGACAGCCACCGACGGCUGGCAGGCUCCCCGUAUCACUCCAUACCAGAACCUCUCACUCGACCCGGCCACUUGCGUCUUCCACUACGCCUUCGAGUGCUUCGAGGGUAUGAAGGCCUACAAGGAUGAGAAGGGCAACGUUCGUCUCUUCCGUCCCGACAAGAACAUGGCCCGCUUGAACAGAUCCUCUGCCCGCAUUGCUCUGCCCAACUUCGACCCCAAGGCCAUGAUUGACCUGGUCUCCAAGUUUGUCAAGACUGAUGAGCGUUUCAUUCCCGCUGCUCGUGGCUACUCGCUCUACCUCCGUCCUACCAUGAUCGGCACUCAACGUACUCUCGGUGUCGGCCCACCCGGCUCUGCCCUCCUCUACACCAUCGCCUCUCCCGUCGGUCCAUACUACCCUACUGGCUUCAAGGCUGUCUCGUUGGAAGCAACCACAUAUGCUGUUCGUGCAUGGCCUGGCGGUGUCGGCAACAGCAAGCUCGGCGCAAACUACGCUCCUUGCAUUGUUCCUCAGAUGCAGGCCGCCUCUCGUGGCUUCCACCAGAACUUGUGGCUGUUUGAGGAGGGUGGUGAGGAAUGGGUCACCGAGGUCGGAACCAUGAACCUGUUUGCUGCCAUCAUCAACAAGGAUGGAAAGAAGGAGCUGAUGACGGCUCCCCUGGAUGGAACUAUUCUGGAAGGUGUUACCCGUGACUCUAUCCUCGAACUUGCCCGCGAGCGUCUUGUUCCCGAAGGUUGGGAAGUCAACGAGCGUAGGUUCUCGGUCAGAGAGCUCGCCGAGGCCGACAAGGAAGGUCGCAUGCUCGAGGUCUUUGGUGCUGGUACCGCUGCCGUCGUCAGCCCUGUUCGCAACAUCGGCUGGAAGGACUCUAUGAUCAACUGCGGUCUCGAGGCUGACAAGGAGGCUGGUCCCAUCGCCCAGCGUAUGAAGGACUGGAUUGAGGGUAUUCAGUACGGUGACGAGGCUCACNCCUGGAGCGUCAAGAUCUAG